AAAGAGGAAAAACGAAUGAAUUGCCGAUUGGAAGAAAAAAAACGAAAUCAACGACAGCGAAUUGUCACUCACGGCGAAAUCUUUAUUUUUUGGAAAGCAGUCAAUUGGUUCGUUGGUGUUCCAUUUGGUCAGUUGUAAAUACGUGCUUUUAUAUACGAUUGUCGCAGAAUUGUUUAAUAAUUUUACAACAAAAUGCCUGCACCAGCCAGUUCAACCUCUGUGGGUAGUGGUUCACGCUCGCCAACGAAAAUCUCAGCGCCACGCAGCGCUGGCGCUGGUGGUAGUAACCUGAAGCAACGUAAGACAACAAGUAGUACCACAGCAGCUAGAAGUCGCACCACUGGCGCUGGCACUGGUGGCAUGUGGCGAUUCUACACCGACGACUCCCCCGGUAUUAAAGUUGGUCCGGUUCCCGUCUUGGUGAUGUCUCUGCUAUUCAUCGCCUCGGUAUUCAUGCUGCACAUUUGGGGCAAAUACAAUCGUUCUUAAGGAAGUUAGCGCAGCGCAAAAAAAGUAUGUGUGCAGCGACGACGGCAAUAUCCAUAAAACCAUAAGCGGGCACCAAGGAAUGUUGACGAUAAUUUAUCAUGUCUGUAAGACAGGUGCUCACAUUAAGCAUCAGUAAUGGCCACUUGCUGCUUCCUGCACGCCUCAAUAAUUUGCACUAAUAUCCAAUAUAAACUUUCGUUUUAAGUUUAGCAAACUAAGUUAAUUUUUUACUGAUGAAUUAAAUUUCAAUACCAAUGCCACCUAAAAGUAUGCAAGGAAAAAGUUCAUUCCACUUUUUUUAGCGGAUAUUCUUUUGGUAAAACAAAUGCGUUGAGAUCUACAUAUAUUUUCGAUUCAAAAUCCUGGUGGUUUUUUGUAUGGCUCGCAUAAAUUGAGUUAUCUGGAUUUAGCUUACGAUUUACGCAAUUUUGGUGUUUCCAUUAAAUCCUUUAGAUACUGUUAAAACUAAACUUAUAGCCAAAUUCUGUAUCGGUGGCAAACAUUUUUUACUGACAAAUUUAAACUUUUUCAUAUAUUUUUCGGUAAUAAAAACUGUGACAAGAAUUUGUCAGCGAUACAGAA